CUGUUUCCUGCGAGGAUAGAGAGAGUGCGUGAGUAUUUAGUUGCGUUGCAGGUCAGAAGUUGGCACCACAAGUAUUUAGUUGCGUUGCAGGUUAGAAGUUAACUCAAUCACAACUCUCAACGCUUUCUUCGAUCUCUCUCUCUCUCUCUCUCUCUCUCUUGUUUUUCUGUGUCUGUAUAUUCCAUGGCUGCUCAUGAAGAAGGAGAGGUUUGUUUUGAAGAAGGAAUGUUGUGGCUGCCGUCACAAGUUUUGGAUGAAGCAAUAUGUAACACAAAGGCAAAUUCGAGGCUCCAUGCAAAACACCAUCACCACCACCACAAUGAUCAUUUGGUGAAUUCAAAAUCUAGCUCAAUGAGACCACAUCAUGGACCAAAAGUCCAUGUGAAUUGGUCAUCCGGAGGACCUGGAAUGCAAGCCAUUUUCCUGGAUUCUAGCCAAAAAUCAUGUGGCACGGGCGUUUUUCUUCCACAACGAGCAGGCACCCACUUCCACAGAACUAAAAAACCAGCUUGUGCUCCCGUUCUGCUGCCCUCUCGUGUGGUUCAAGCUCUGAACCUCAACGUGCAUGCACUAGGCCUGCAAGUUUCACCUCGACAAGAUUUUAAAGAUCACAAGCGAAAAAGUGAAAACUACUUGGCAGCUCAAAACAAGAAUGAGAAUAAGGAUGUUUCGUCUACUCAAUACUACAUUAUUUCCCAAAGUCCGAAUUCUUCACCAGAGUUGUUUCUUCCAAAGGAAUGGACUUACUAAUGGCGAAUAUGAAGAACGAUUAUCACAAGUAUACAAGAAACUAUGAGCUCGUUUGAUUGUACUUUUUAGAUGACUAAAAACACUUUUAGAGAAAAUAUUUUUGGGUUCUAAAAACACUUUAAGUACUUUCUACAAGAAGCACCAGUUAUGUGCUUCUUUCAUGAAGCACUUUAAGUGUUUUUUCAGAAUUUACUAGUAUUUUUAAUAAUGAUUGUUUUCAAAAAUACUUUCACAAAAAACGUUUUCAGUCAUUUUAAAAGCACAUUCAAAUGAGCUUUGUAUCAUUAUAAUCAUAAAGGCUAAAGCUCUCGUAGUUCUAUGAUUGAUGUGUACGGCUAGCUCUGUUAAAUGAUCGAUCUUCGAUCAUGUAAUGUAAGCUUAAAUAAACAGCUAAAAGCUUCCGUUUUAUACCA